AUGGCCGCCGCCCCUACCCAUCCUGCAGGGCUCCCAGGCUCUCCCCGCCCGGGGUCCCCGCCACCCACCGGCUCCAGUUUGGAGCUCCAGUCGCCGCCGCCGCUGCUGCCCCAGGUCCCGGCCCCGGGCCCUGGGGUGUCCUUCCACAUCCAAAUCGGGUUGACCCGCGAGUUCGUGCUGUUGCCCGCCGCCUCCGAGCUGGCCCAUGUGAAGCAGCUGGCGUGCUCCAUCGUGGACCAGAAGUUCCCCGAGUGUGGCUUCUACGGCCUCUAUGACAAGAUCCUGCUCUUCAAACAUGACUCCACGUCUGCCAACCUCUUGCAGCUUGUGCGCUCAGCCAGUGACAUCCAGGAGGGCGACCUGGUGGAGGUGGUACUGUCGGCCUCGGCCACCUUCGAGGACUUCCAGAUCCGUCCGCAUGCCCUCACGGUCCACUCAUACCGAGCGCCUGCCUUCUGCGACCACUGUGGUGAGAUGCUCUUUGGCUUGGUUCGCCAGGGACUCAAGUGUGAUGGCUGCGGGCUGAACUACCACAAGCGCUGCGCCUUCAACAUCCCCAACAACUGCAGUGGGGCCCGCAAGCGGCGCCUCUCCUCCACGUCGCUGGCCAGUGGCCAUUCGGUGCGCCUAGGCCCCUCUGAGUCUCUUCCCUGCCUGACCGAUGAGCUAAGCGGUAGCACCACUGAGCUCCUGCCUCGCCGCCCCCCAUCCUCCUCCUCCUCAUCUUCCUCCUCAUCCUACACCGGCCGUCCCAUCAAGCUGGACAAGAUGCUGCUCUCCAAGGUCAAGGUGCCACACACCUUUCUGAUCCACAGCUACACUCGGCCCACUGUCUGUCAGGCCUGCAAGAAACUCCUCAAGGGCCUCUUCCGUCAGGGCCUGCAGUGCAAAGAUUGCAAGUUUAACUGUCACAAGCGCUGUGCCACCCGUGUCCCUAAUGACUGCCUAGGGGAGGUCCUUAUCAAUGGAGAUGUGCCAAUGGAGGAGGCCACUGAUUACAACGACUCUGACAAGGCUGCCCUGUUGGAUGAGGCUGACGAUUCCGGCAUCGUCCCGGGCUCACACUCGGAGAAUGCCCUCCACGCCAGCGAGGAGGAGGAAGGCGGGGGAGACAAGUCUCAGAGCGCCCUGGGGUACAUCCCACUGAUGAGGGUGGUGCAGUCAGUGCGACACACAACACGGAAAUCCAGCACCACACUGCGUGAGGGCUGGGUGGUUCAUUACAGCAACAAGGACACGCUGAGGAAGCGGCACUACUGGCGGCUGGACUCCAAGUGCAUCACCCUUUUCCAGAACAAUACAACUAACAGAUACUACAAGGAGAUUCCACUGUCGGAAAUCCUCACCAUAGAACCUGCGCAGAACUUCAGCCUCGUGCCACCAGGCACCAACCCACACUGCUUCGAGAUCGUCACAGCCAAUGCCACCUAUUUCGUGGGCGAGACGUCGAGUGGAGCGCCCGGGGGGCCCGGCGGACAAGGAGCUGAGGCCGCCCGGGCCUGGGAGAUGGCCAUCCGCCAAGCCCUGAUGCCUGUUAUCCUCCAAGAUGCACCCAGUGCUCCAGGUCACGCCCCCCACAGACAAGCUUCUCUGAGCAUCUCUGUGUCCAACAGUCAGAUCCAAGAGAACGUGGACAUUGCCACUGUCUACCAGAUCUUUCCAGAUGAAGUGCUGGGCUCGGGGCAGUUUGGAGUAGUCUACGGAGGAAAGCACCGGAAGACAGGCCGGGAUGUGGCAGUAAAGGUCAUUGACAAACUUCGGUUUCCCACCAAGCAGGAGAGCCAGCUCCGCAAUGAGGUGGCCAUUCUGCAGAGCCUGAGGCACCCGGGGAUCGUGAACCUGGAAUGCAUGUUCGAGACCCCCGAGAAGGUGUUUGUGGUGAUGGAGAAGCUGCACGGUGACAUGCUGGAGAUGAUCCUGUCCAGUGAGAAGGGGCGACUGCCCGAGCGCCUCACCAAGUUCCUCAUCACACAGAUCUUGGUGGCUUUGCGACACCUUCACUUCAAGAACAUCGUCCACUGUGACUUGAAACCAGAAAACGUGUUGCUGGCGUCGGCGGACCCAUUUCCCCAGGUGAAGCUGUGCGACUUCGGCUUUGCACGCAUCAUCGGCGAGAAGUCGUUCCGGCGCUCGGUGGUGGGCACACCUGCCUACCUGGCGCCGGAGGUGCUGCUCAACCAGGGCUACAACCGCUCGCUGGACAUGUGGUCAGUGGGCGUGAUCAUGUACGUCAGCCUCAGCGGCACGUUCCCCUUCAACGAGGAUGAGGACAUCAAUGACCAGAUCCAGAAUGCCGCCUUCAUGUACCCGCCCAGCCCGUGGAGCCGCAUCUCCAAGGGAGCCAUCGACCUCAUCAACAACCUGCUGCAGGUGAAGAUGCGCAAGCGUUACAGCGUGGACAAGUCUCUCAGCCAUCCUUGGUUACAGGAGUACCAGACAUGGCUGGACCUCCGGGAACUGGAGGGGAAGAUGGGCGAGCGGUACAUCACGCACGAGAGCGAUGACGCCCGCUGGGAGCAGUUCAUUACCGAGCGCUCACUACCUGGACCUGGGCUGCUGCCACCUGAUGUGGAUUUCAGUGGGAUCCUCCCACCACAGGACCAUGAGAUGCAGGGGCUAGCCGAGCGCGUCAGCGUCCUCUGA